AUGGAAAACCCUAACUACAGCGCCGCCGCCGGUCAAACACUCCCCUCCGCACAUGAAAACACCUCUAUCCCUCCCCCGCCGCCGUUGCCUUCUUCUUCCGACAGCCAGAUGCGGCAGGUAGCCAGAAAGGUUGCUUACCUGCCGGACUCGGUCAAGUCCGUCCUGAUCACCGAGGCCGCCGCAAAACACUUUUCCAUACUGUACGAUCUCUGCAAUCUCCACUACGGACGUUCCCCCCAAAUCCCGCCGUCGUUUCCCAGCAGCCUCUCCCAGCCGCCCCGCUGCUAUCUGCCCGAUCCGGUGGCGGAGCUUUUAGAUAUGGUGGCCCGUGAAGAGAGUAGGAAAAUCUACGUCCACAUUCUGAGUGGUGAGACGAGUAUGAACGACGUGAACGGCGUCGUUUGGGAGUUGGGGGCCGUUGAGAAGAUUGAAUUUCGAUGGUCUACCACUCUGGCUACGGUGACAUUUUGCGAUCCCGAGGCGGCGAGACGAGCCCUCGAAAUGCCUGUAGAGGUUAUGAACCGGCACCAACUCAGAUGGCACUCGGUCAGAACGGGUUGCCCUAUCUGCGAAGGGCGGGCAGGUUUCUCAUCGUAUUUGAUAUGA